AUGGAUUUCAGAACCCCUGACCUGUUGGACGUGUGCCUGGAACCUCCAGAAGAUGUCUUCUCAACAGGAUCUUUCCUGGAGCUGGGACUCCAUGGUCCACCCUCAGAGGUUCCAGUGACUAGGCUACAGGAACAGGGGCUGCAAGGCUGGGAGUGCAGUGGGGGCCAUGGCUGUGGUCUUCAAGAGAGUGAGCCUGAAGAUUUCCUGAAACUCUUCAUUGACCCCAAUCAAGUCUACUGCUCAGAAGCAUCUCCCGGCAGUGACAGUGGAAUCUCUGAGGAUCCUGGCCAUCCAGACAGUCCACCUGCCCCCAAGCCACCCAGUUCCCCUGCCCUCUAUGAGGUUGUCUAUGAGACAGGGACCCUGGAGAGGAUGCAGGGGGAAGCCGGGCCUGCUGUAGGGCUCAUCUCCAUCCAACUAGAUCAGUGGAGCCCACCAUUUAUGGUGCCUGAGGCCUGUGUGGUCAGUGAGCUGCCUCCUGAUGCUCACAUCCUGCCCACAGCAGCUACUGUAAACUCCGUGCCUCCUGCAGCCCUGCUGCCCUGUCAGACCUUGUUCCUGACAGAAGAGGAGAAGCGGCUGCUGGGACAGGAAGGCGUUUCCCUACCCUCUCACCUGCCCCUCACCAAGGCAGAGGAGAGGGUUCUCAAGAAGGUCAGAAGGAAAAUCCGUAACAAGCAGUCAGCUCAGGACAGCCGGCGGCGGAAAAAAGAGUACAUUGAUGGCCUAGAGAGCAGGGUGGCUGCCUGUGCUGCACAGAACCAGGAACUACAGAAAAAAGUCCAGGAGCUAGAGAGGCACAACAUCUCCCUGGUGACUCAGCUCCGCCAGCUGCAGAUGCUUAUUGUUCAAACCUCCAACAAAGCUGCCCAGACUAGCACUUGUGUUCUGAUCCUUCUGUUUUCCUUGGCUCUCAUCAUCUUGCCCAGCUUCAGCCCCUUUCAGGGCCUGCCAGAAGCCAGGCCUGAGGAUUACCAGCCUCAUGGAGUGAUUUCCAGAAACAUCCUUACUCACUGGGACAUGACAGAGAAUCCUGAAUACGCAGUGGUAGAGUCCAGACUGGAGGGGCCACCUGGGGCCAAGGGUGCAAACAGCUCAACAAGGACACUGCUCGAGAAGGUGGGAAGGAGGGCAGGCCCCAGCAGGCACAUCCGAGCUGUGCUGCGUGCAGAUGAAAUGUGA